AUGUCCGACCACUUUCCCAUGGAGGAGAACCUGCAAAAGGUCAUGUCUGCUAUAGAAGACGAAGCCGAGUCCCAUCAUGACUCACAAGACUCAUCGCGAGAUUCCUCUGACCAGGAAUCGGAAGUUGCACAUGAACCUAUCCAGGAGCGAUAUGAGAACCCAUCGUAUUCUCGUUUCCGCAAGGUGGCUUCGAAGACCGUCGUCUCUUUCGGUGUCAAUGAUCCCGAGAAUCCAGUCAACUGGAAAAAGUCAAGAAAGUUCCUGGUUCUUGCUGCUGGUGUCAUGCAGGUCAUGAAUAGCACUAUCGGCUCGUCCAUUUGCAGUAAUGCCAUUCCUCAAAUCGCUGAGGAGUUUAACAUCACCAAUCAAGAGGCCUUAGUCCUCCCCAUUUCCAUUUUUCUGAUCGGCUAUGUCGUCGGCCCGUUAAUCUGGGGUCCUAGCUCUGAGUACUUUGGCCGCAAAAAGCCCAUGCUUGUGUCGUACUGCGGGUUUAUGAUCUUCACAAUGGCAUGUGCCGUGGCCAAUUCGUAUGCCUCAUUGUUAAUUUUCCGACUUUUCAACGGAAUGAUGGCAUCUGCACCAAUAGCUACAACUGGCGGAUUGUUUGCCGAUGUCCACGAUAAUCCAACCCUACGAGGUCGCCUGAUGGCUUAUUACAUGGCCUGUACCACAUUCGGCCCUAUCAUCGGUCCCUGGGUAUCUGGAUUCGUCGCCGUUGUCGACUGGCGAUGGUGUUUCUGGAUUGGGCUGAUCUGCUGCGGUGUUUCCUUCCCGCUCGUUCUUUUCAUGCCCGAGACAUAUGGACCUGUUGUUCUGACAAAGCGUGCGAAAAAGCUGCGCAAGGAUACUGGUAAUUCAAACAUCGUCUCGCCCUUGGAGUUGCAAAGCCGCAAUCUCCGACAAAUGCUCUUCCUCACGAUGACUCGACCGUUCCGAAUGCUUAUUCACGAAUCGAUCGUCUCAUUGACCUCGCUAUACCUCGCACUCGCAUACGCUAUUUUCUACCUCUAUUUCGAGGCUUACCCGAUCAUUUUCCAAGGGAUUUACGGCAUGAGCGCCGGCAUUGCCGGUUUGAUGUUCUUGCCUAUUGGCGUUGGAGCAGUCCUCGCUUGUUUUGUCUUCAUCUGGUACGAUGGCUUCCUUGCCCGCGCAAAGGCUCGCAACGCGAAAUGGGCGAACAUCGAAGAAUACCGAAGACUUCCUCUUGCCUGCAUCGGGGGUCCUUUAUAUGUCAUCUCCCUGUUUUGGGUAGGAUGGACAUCUUCACCGAAUAUCCACUGGGUCGUUCCAUUCCUCUCCGGUAUUCCAUUCGGAAUGGGCUAUCUGUUGAUCUUUAUGGCCAUGCUCAACUAUCUCACCGACGCCUAUGAGACGUUGUCUGCUAGCGCCCAAUCAGCUGCUAGCUGCACUCGAAGCAUCUUCGGUGCCGUCAUUCCUCUCGCUGCGAAGCCGAUGUUCAACCGACUCGGCGUGGAUUGGGCAUGCAGCCUAAUCGCAUUCCUCAGUCUAGGUGUUUCGAUUAUCCCAUUCGCAUUUAUUCGCUACGGCGAUCGCAUCCGUGCCAACAGCAAGUUUUGUCAGGAACUGAAGCGUAUCAAGGAGGAGGAGCGGGAACAUUUCGAGCGAGAAGAGCGCCUCGGCAACGAUUCCAACAAACUGCAACCUAUUCCCUCUGCCAACACCGGCCAAGCCACUAUAACAAGGGUAGAUACCGCACAGACUGAGAAAUCGGCCAUAAUUUGUUAG